AAGAUCAAAAAGUUAUGGAGUGCAGCCUAAUCGGAUCACGUCUGUUGUAUGGUGCUGCGUAGUAUUUUUUUUUUAUAGAAUAAAUCCCCACAGUGGCUCUGGAAAGGCGAGGGAGAGCCCAGAGCGUGUAGCGGAGAAGAAGAAGCAGGGCUUCUGUGUGGGAAGGCUCGGAUAACCGCCCGGUUCAGAGGAGGGCCAGGUAUGUUUUUCCGUUUCCAGGGACUGCCUUUGCUGAUGUCACCGCGGAGGAGGGCAGGAGAGGCGGACAGGUGCGCAGAGGAAAGUUGGCUCCGGUAGACUCGGACGAAGAGCUGUCACUGAGCCGAGAACUACUCAACUGUUUUUGAAGUUUUUCCGUAUUCUUUUUAAGAAGUUAUCUUUUCUGUGCAGUCGGUUUGGCAUUUUCUGAAGUCUUGAGUGGAAUACGUGUAGCCUAGCACGCUUUUUUAACUGGAAGGUUCGCUCACACGGUCCGUCCCGCGCUGUAAUACCGGGGGUUGACUGCGUGGAGGAAGCUGCUAAUUGUAUUGGAAGUGCACAUUGCUGCGGACUGGGUGUGUGGGCUCGAGACGCCUCAGCAUCAGAACCAGCACUUUCCGCUUCAAUGCGACACUGACGCAGCUCCUCUUGCAUCCCAGUCGCAGACUAGGUGAUGCUCGAGUAAUUCAAUGGAAGAAUUGUUCAUCAACAGAGGGAGUUUAAUCUAAAAAAAAAAAAAACCCCGAAACAUUUGUUUUCCCUGGAAUGGAAUACAACACAAGGAAUUAGCCUCAACUUCUCUUGAUCUGCAAUGAUUUUCCCAUGCGUCAUUGCGUUUUAGGAGCAGAAGCGCGGGUCUUUGCGUUGAAGGACAAUCGUUCUUGGACCCCCCCCUCCCCAGGUUCACAAGAGCUACUAACAAUGUCCAAGACACUGAAGAAGAAGAAGCACUGGUCCACUAAAGUACAGGAGUGCACCGUGUCGUGGAGUGGUUCCGGGGAGUUGUCCACGGUAGUUGAGGUGCGAGGCGGCGCUGAGCUGGGAGAGUUCCCCCACGUCGGACACACAGUUUCGGAGGCGAUGGUUUGUCACGCCGGGAGGUUUCCCUGCAGCGGCGACGUGCUGCUGGAGGUGAACGGCACGCCAGUGAGCGGACUCACCAACCGAGACACACUGGCUGUCAUCCGCCACUUUCGGGAGCCCAUCCGCCUUAAGACCGUGAAACCAGGUAAGGUGUUGAACACAGAUUUGCGUCACUACCUCAGCCUUCAGUUUCAGAAGGGCUCCCUGGACCACAAGCUCCAGCAGGUGAUCAGGGACAACCUGUACCUGCGCACCAUUCCCUGUACCACCCGGCAGCCCAGAGAGGGGGAAGUUCCUGGAGUGGACUACAAUUUCAUCAGCGUGGGGGAGUUCCGUGACCUGGAAGAAAGCGGACUGCUGCUAGAAAGUGGAACCUAUGAUGGAAACUACUACGGGACCCCUAAGCCCCCUGCAGAGCCCAGCCCCGUGCAGCCGGACUUGGUGGACCAGGUUCUGUUUGAUGAAGAGUUCGACACGGAGGUCCAGCGAAAACGCACAACCUCUGUCAGUAAGAUGGACAGAAAGGACAGCGCCGCGCCAGAGGAGGAAGACGAAGAGGAGAGGCCUCCAAUGGCCAACGGCCUGGCUGAGCACAAGGACAAGGCAGAUUGGCGGAAGACGGUGCCCAGCUACAACCAGUCAGCCGGCGCCAUGGACUUGCGUGUGUGGAAUACGCAGGAUGAGAGUCAAGAGUCCUUGCCUAAAAACUGGGAGAUGGCUUACACAGAGACCGGCAUGGUCUAUUUCAUAGAUCACAACAGCAAGACCACUACUUGGCUGGACCCACGCCUUGCCAAGAAGGCAAAGCCUCCUGAGAAAUGCGAGGAAGGAGAGCUGCCCUACGGCUGGGAGAAGAUUGUGGACCCCCAGUACGGCACCUACUACGUAGACCACAUCAAUCAGAAGACCCAGUUUGAGAAUCCAGUACAGGAAGCUAAGAGAAAGUUCAGCGUCGACACGCCCACUGCAGUACUGCCACCGGCAGCCACGCCCUCAGCAGAGGAGCCCGCUAGGGGAGUGCGAGGUUUCACGCGAGACCCGUCUCAGCUGCAGGGCUCCAUCCUGCAGACAGCACUACGAAAAAGUCCCCAGGGCUUUGGGUUCACCAUCAUCGGAGGAGACCGACCCGAUGAGUUCCUUCAGGUCAAAAAUGUCCUUCCAGAUGGACCUGCCGCACAUGACAACAAGAUCGCCUCAGGUGAUGUGAUUGUGGACAUCAACGGGGCAUGUGUGCUGGGGAAGACUCACGCCGAUGUGGUGCAGAUGUUCCAGUCCGUCCCCAUCAACCAGUACGUAGACAUGGUCCUGUGCCGGGGCUACCCUCUGCCCGAGGACUCCAGCAGCAGCGAGGAGGCCUCCGGAGGCCUCUCCACCUCCAUGGACACUUCCCCUUCCCCCUCUACGUCCAUUUCACAGGACCCCCAGUACACUGUCCCAGACGGAGGCACCCUCUCCAGGCAGACCGCUGCGGUACCGCCCAUGACCAAUGGCGGACGCCACCACCACCACCACCACCACCAUGUUCCUCACGUUGCCAACCUAGAAGGCCCUGACCCCACUCUGCUGCAGCCGGAGCUGGUGAGUGUCCCCUUGGUAAAAGGCCCCGGAGGUUUUGGCUUCGCCAUCGCAGAUUGCCCCCUGGGCCAAAAGGUGAAGAUGAUCCUGGAUGCCCAGUGGUGCCGCGGCCUGCUGAAGGGCGACGUGAUCAAGGAGAUCAACAGGCAGAACGUCCAGACGCUGAGCCACUCGCAGGUGGUGGACAUCCUCAAAGACCUGCCCGUGGGCAGCGAGGUCAGCGUGCUGGUGCUCCGGGGAGGUCAGACAUCUCCUGUGAAAUCCCUAAAACCAUGCACAGCUCCCAUGUCCCAGGCCUCAUCCCAGCCUGCUCCUCAACAGGCGUCCCAGCAGCUGUCCCAUGCAUCGCCCCAGUCCAUCGUCCAGCCGCAGCGACAGGAGACGGUUAACAGCACAGAGGCCCUCGGGCAGGCCGAGGUGGCCCCCAACCCGCUCCCUUUCUCUGGCAACACGCUGCGCUCGUCUUCACCCAAACCGGACGCGUCGGAGCUCUACCUCAAGUCCAGGGCCUUGUUGGAAAGCAAGCCUCCUAAUACCAAGGAUCUGGACGUGUUCAUCAAACGGAACCAGGAGUCAGGCUUUGGCUUCAGAGUCCUCGGAGGCGAGGGCCCGGAUCAGCCGGUGUACAUUGGUGCCAUCGUGCCACUCGGAGCGGCUGAGAAGGAUGGGCGCCUGCGGGCGGGGGAUGAGCUGCUGUGUAUAGACGGCGUGCCCGUCAAGGGCAAAUCCCACAAACAAGUGCUGGAGCUGAUGACCAACGCCGCCCGAAACGGCCAAGUCAUGCUCACAGUCCGCAGGAAGCUGACACACGCAGGUGAUUGUGAAGAGGAGGAGAGCAGUCAGCAGCCCCAGCACGUAGCCUCCGCCCUGGUCAACAGCUCUCCCAAGAUGCCUCGGGGCGAGGUUGCCAACGUCGUCCAGCCCGCCCGGCCAGAGUGCUUUGAUGUCACUCUGCAGCGCAAAGACAACGAGGGCUUUGGCUUUGUCAUCCUCACGUCAAAGAACAAGCCCCCACCUGGAGUUAUACCUCACAAGAUCGGCCGUAUCAUCGAGGGCAGCCCUACAGACCGCAUAGGUCAGAUGAAGGUGGGAGACCGUAUCUCUGCUGUCAACGGCCGCUCCAUCAUGGAGCUGUCGCACAACGACAUCGUCCAGCUCAUCAAGGACGCCGGCAACUCUGUCACCCUCACCGUUGUGCCUGAAGAUGACAGCGCUCCUCCAUCUGGAACCAAUUCAGCCAAGCAGAGCCCGUCGGCACAACACAGAGCUAUGGGCCAACAGCCUCCCAGCUAUUCAGACAGGAACGGGGACACGGAGAUCAGGAACUCAUUCCCACCAAGAGAGACGGGAACACUCAUGUCGGGCUCUAAGCAGGGCUGUUUGGUGGUGGAGCUGGACCGCAGCCAGCGGGGCUUCGGCUUCAGUCUGAGAGGAGGGAAGGAGUACAACAUGGGCCUGUUCAUCCUGCGACUGGCAGAGGACGGACCUGCUCUGAAAGACGGCAGGAUACACGUUGGCGAUCAGAUAGUGGAGAUCAACGGCGAGGCCACGCAGGGCAUCACACACACUCGUGCAAUUGAACUGAUCCAAGCAGGAGGCAGUAAAGUUCAUCUGCUGCUUCGACCCGGCCAGGGCCUGGUCCCGGAUCACAGUUCAAAGGACAAAGUAACCAUUCCAACCUCAAGCUUUCCCAGACUCUCGGUAUCUGACGGGCAGUCGGCUCCAGCCUCUCCAUCCUCUGUCACCCUCUCUGCCUCGGAACUGUCUCCAUCUUCACCCAAAACAACCGCCCCUGAGGAGUUCUCCAGGGGGGAUCCCAGGGUGCCGGGUUCCCCUGGCGGUGGGCAGGAGCAUGCUAGGCAGGCUAACAGAUCAAGAGGACAACAGCUCUCUCACCAGAACCAGAAGCGCACCACCAGUCCCAGCACCCACACCAGAAAAACAAGCAGGAGUGACUCCAAGCCCUCUAGUCCCAUGCGAGCAUCUGAAGGUAGGCCAGAUCACCAAGAGCGCUCUCAGAGCCCCAGGAAAACCGAGCAACGCCACGGCGGAUCCUUGGAGGAUAUGGGGAAAGACAGAAAACCCCAAGGGCAGCAGAGAGACCACCGCUCCUCUAGCCCCAGGAAGAGCUCCAAGAGGGAGCCGGACCCCGCUGUGGCUCUGAAAAACCUGGAGGAGCCCCAGAGCCCCCGGCGUCCAGCUGGCCAGCAACCCAGCGCUGCCUCUGGAGAAGGCAAAGACUGGAGGUACAAGGAGGAGGAUGCGGCCUCCUGGCAGGAGAGCGGAGACAAAAGCUCGGGGACUGGUGAACGCAAGAAGAGCAAAAGGGCCGAGCAAGAGGCAGCGGCACAGAAAUCCCACUCCCAGACUCACAGGGAGAGGGCAGGUCCGGAUGCCGAUAGUGGCACCCUGAGCCGGAGGAGUAGAAGGGAGAAGGGGGAUAAGGAACGUCAGGAAAGCAAGUAUCAUGGGCCACCUGAAGAAGGGAACAGAAAGGAUCCCAGAGGUUCAAGCAGUAGCAUUCAGGACCCCAGCUGCAACGGGACCACCACCAGCAAGAAGGCUCCCAUCACCCCCGGUCCGUGGAAAGUUCCCAGUUCUGCAAAGAUCCAGUCCCAGGCGGACACAACCUACGCAGAUAUCUGAUACCCAUCCAGGACUCUCUGCGACCCUUAAGAAAAUGCUGAGCCACUAAAAGAUGUACUUUUGAGGAUGGAAGGAUUUUUAUUUUGUAACACUCACAGACAAAGCAAAUCACUGUGUAACCAGCAACAUGGCUUCUCAUUGCUUCGGAUUUUUUCUUUUUUUUUAAAACUUUUUUCACCCAGUUUGCCUCGGUCAGUUGGCAUCCAGCUGCUGACAGGAGUGUUUGUACCGUGCGAAGAUGCGCGGACGUGCGUGUAACAGGUUGGUUCUGAGGGAGAUUUUUUUGGGAUGUUGCACUGAAGUCUAUUUUGUGCCAAUCAGAGACUCCAGUUAUGAAGAAGCUGCUCCGUAUUGCACUCACUGUGAAGACCGUUUGUGGGUAAUGAGAUGUACUGCUCUCCCUGUCUACCCGCCUCGAUGAAGGAUCCCCACUUUUAUUUUUUGUCACUUUAAAGUUCUGAGACAGUCACUCCGCUUUUCUUCCUCGGCCAGAUUGAUUCACCGCCGCUGUCGCUAGAAAGUGAGGCUGCUGAGUUUCUCUUGAGGGUGAAACAGUGUCUUCUACUGUCUGGUUUUUCUUUUUCAAGAGCUAGACUAGAAUUGUGAACUGUAUGGGUGACUGUAUUCGUGCACAUUAAACCUGAUAUCAUUAGCCUAUCAGAGGGUAGACAGACUACCCCGGAGCUUUAUAUGCAUCAAUCAGCAGACCAGAUACUUGUGGUUAUAGUUCUAAUGUUUGUUACAUGUGUGUUAAUAUUAAAAAAAACAUAGUGUAAUUUAUUGAAAUUAUAUGUGAGCAAAAACUGUUAGUACACAUAUCCAUGUUGAGUCAUUUCACUUUUGAUGUGGACUUAAAGGACCAUUACGGCAAAAACUGAACCUAGGGGUUAAUAACACAUGGGUACCAAGUCGACCGUUCUCUGGAAUAAGUUUUCAUGCUAAUCGAAUGUGACCAGUAUUAGCGCAAACCGCUAAUUAGCUUGUAGAGCUAGUAGCCGGGGCAUUGGUAGAGUAAAAAGAAAUAACUAUAUCUAUAGCACUAACAAGGCUCAAAAUAGCACCACACUUCCAUGGUAGCAUGAUGAGGGUCCCGGCCUGUAAACCCAAGCAUUCAGACGGCGUUUGUUGGCGUUACUUUACCCGUGCCCCGACUACUAGCGUCACAAGCUAAUUAGCGGUUUGCGUUAAAACUGGUCACAUUCGAUUAGCAUGAAAACAAAUCCCAGAGAAUGGUCGACUUGCUACCCAUGUGUUAUUAACCCCUGAGUUCCUUUUGCACCGGAAUUGUCCUUUACUGCUGAAAAUAGAAUGUGUAGAUAAGCCCAAUCAUCUAAAACAAUAACACUAUGAAAUCUAUGCAUUCUAUUUCUAAGCUCGAGCCUGAUUCAUGAUGUUGUCUACUGUUAGCAGCUCUGUAUUUUAGAUCCUCCGGCUAUGUGUGUAUGUAGGCCUGUGUCUUUUUAGAUAACGCAUAUGUAGCAUCGACUGUACUUAAUCCAAAACAUAUAUUAUUUAACAAAAUGACUACGCAUAUAUUGACACAUACUUUAGAUGAGUAACAUAGCUUGAUUGUAAGAAGUGAGACCUCUGCCUUCAACUUAAAUGAAAACUUUAAGAGAUAUUUGUAUUUUUCUGAUCACAGAUGUAGGCACAAAA